AUGCACCUCCUCGCCAAGCCUCAGCCUGCGGGAUCUGGGGAGGCUGCCGCCAGCACACCGCCCGGUCCCCCGCGCCCGCUUGCCGCCGCCCGGGGGUCUCUCCCGGGGGCCCCCGCCGCCGCCCCCUCGCACAUGAAGAUGUACGUGCAAAGGGCUCUGGUGCUGCUCUCCCUGCUGAGCUUCGCCACCGUGAGCCUCUCGCUGUCCUCCUGCACCACCUUGGACCUGGACCACAUCAAGAAGAAGAGGGUGGAAGCCAUCCGGGGGCAGAUCCUGAGCAAGCUGCGGCUCACCAGCCCCCCCGAGACCGUGGGGCCGGCCCAUGUGCCCUACCAGAUCCUGGCCCUCUAUAACAGCACCCGGGAGCUGCUGGAGGAGAUGGAGGAGGAGAAGGAGGAGAGCUGCUCUCAGGACAACACCGAGUCCGAAUACUAUGCCAAAGAGAUCCAUAAAUUUGACAUGAUCCAGGGCCUCCCCGAGCACAAUGAGUUGGGCAUUUGUCCAAAAGGCGUCACCUCCAACGUGUUCCGCUUUAAUGUGUCCUCGGCAGAGAAGAACAGCACCAACUUGUUCCGAGCCGAGUUUCGGGUGCUGCGCGUGCCCAACCCGAGCUCCAAACGCAGCGAGCAGCGCAUUGAGCUCUUCCAGAUCCUUCGGCCGGAUGAGCACAUAGCAAAGCAGCGCUACCUCAGUGGCAGGAAUGUGCAGACACGGGGCUCCCCUGAGUGGCUGUCCUUCGAUGUCACCGAGACUGUGCGUGAGUGGCUUCUGCACAGAGAGUCCAACCUUGGCCUGGAAAUUAGCAUACACUGUCCUUGCCAUACUUUUCAGCCCAACGGGGACAUCUUGGAGAAUUUGCACGAGGUCUUGGAGAUCAAGUUCAAAGGCAUUGACAGUGAGGAUGACUAUGGCCGUGGGGACUUGGGGCGCCUGAAGAAGCAGAAAGACUUGCAUAAUCCCCACCUCAUCUUGAUGAUGUUACCCCCACAUCGGCUGGAGAGUCCAGCGUUGGGAAGCCAGAGAAAGAAGCGGGCCCUGGAUACCAACUACUGUUUCCGGAACCUGGAGGAGAACUGCUGCGUGCGUCCUCUGUACAUCGACUUCCGACAGGACCUUGGCUGGAAAUGGGUCCACGAACCUAAAGGCUACUUUGCUAACUUUUGUUCAGGCCCCUGUCCGUACCUCCGCAGUGCAGACACCACUCACAGCACGGUGCUGGGCUUAUACAACACGCUGAAUCCUGAGGCAUCCGCUUCGCCCUGCUGUGUCCCCCAGGACCUGGAGCCGCUCACUAUCUUGUACUAUGUUGGGAGGACCCCCAAAGUGGAGCAGCUCUCCAACAUGGUGGUGAAAUCCUGCAAGUGCAGCUGAAAGGCACCCUGGCCCACCCAAAGCCAAGAGAGAAACUGUCAGCACCCACUCUCCUGCUCCCAGGCUAACACAAAAGGAACUGGGGGUCAGAGACUAUGCAUGCAGAGGGCUGAGUGCCAAAGCCUGUGGCUUCGGGUCUGGCAGCCCUUGGGGAUCUCUUCUGGAACAUUUCUUGGUCUUGUUGGCAGUGUCAUGUUCCUUCUGGGAGUUACUUUAGUGACACGAAGGCCACACUCUCCAAAAUGGCUGGACAGUUGGUGCAGAAGAAGAGAGGGUGGAGGAACUGCUGUGUAUUUGAAUGCUGGGUGGUUAGGCUGGGAAAGCAAGGGAAUGAGAAAGAGCAGGUGAAAGGGGGAAUGCAAAUGGGGAGAUGUUUUCUAUUCUAGCUUUAGCUAUCUUAGGACCUCAGCCCUCCCCACUGCCCUGAAGAACUAAAGGUUUCCCCUGUAGGAGGAAACCCUGAAAGUUUCUUUAGAGAAAGAAAAUGCACCAAGAAGGGAAGCUGCUGAGAGAAGAAAUGCUCAGAGAUACACUUAGACUUUUGUUCCUCAGACCUGUGAUCCAGGAGUCCUGCAGCUGAAACUCUGUGUCUGCCAAACCUGUUAAGUUCAGUUGGCAGAUCCUGGCUAUUGGUUUCUAAAUGCAAACUGCAAGGCUCCCAGCUGGCCUGCUGAGGGUGGGCAAAUACACGAAAGAGGGUGCUGAGUCCAUUUUUAGAGAGACU